AUGCCGAUUCGCAUUAGCGCUGCGAGUCCUGCUACGGCUGCGGUGCCGGUUCAAGGGUCGCACAGCAUGUCAAGCUGUGGCUACGCCGUAUACGCUCCCGGCCCAGUGCAAGCGCCGAGCAUUGCAGUUUCCGCUCCGCCUGCCGCGAAGGUCAUCACGAUCUCUGCGACAGCGGAGGCCCAGCAGGCCGCUGAGACCGUGACGGCCGGCCCUGGCGAUCAUGCUUUCGUGACGAACCAACUGCAGCGGAAGGAUGCAGCUGAUGGAACAGAGAGCUGUUUGGCGGAGCUAAAUUUGUUCGUGUCUUGGACCAGCGGUUGUUCUUGA